AAGUUUUAGUGCCAUAAGUGUUAAGUCAAGUGAAAGACAUGUCAAAAGUGGUGUACGUUUUGUCACAAAUCCCACAAUUGUCUCAAUUGUUGGCCAAAUCAUUGCCCGACUGUCGGGUCGUUAACAUCCCAUUAACAAAAUAUUCGGGAAAAUUUUCGCUGGACUUAAAGAUUGGCGACAAAGAGAUCGAUGGGUUGAAAGAGGCGGAGAUCUUGUUGGGCGACCCGAACCUAUUGGCCCAGACGUUGCAUAAGUUGCCGGCAAUCAAAUGGAUGCAAAACACUUGGGCCGGCAUUGACUGGUUUGUGAACGCGAUGGUCACGAGUGGCCAAAAGCCGCCCAAUUGUCUGAUGACCCGCUUUUCGGGCGAAGGUUUCGGUCAAUCGAUGUUUGAGUACUGUAUCGCACAUAUGAUUAUGACUGAACGCAAGUUCUUUGACGACUUCCAGAAUACAAAGAUUCAUAAAACAUGGCAAAAGGAACUGCUCUGGGAUUUCAAGUCCAUUGACGAGAUGACAAUUGCAAUACUUGGAGGAAAGGGUGCUAUUGGCUCAUACAUGGCGCACAAGUUUCGGCAAUUGGGCUCUCGAGUGGUGAGCUAUGGGCGCACCAAACGAUAUGAACACAGCAUUACGGAUAUACCACUCGAUAAGUAUAAUGACAUUAAAUAUUCGACGAAAUUAGAAGACAUACUCCCGGAAUGUGAUUAUCUGAUAAGUGUAUUGCCCUCAACACCGCAUACAAAGGGUCUGCUCGACAACAAUGUACUCGAACUGUGCUCUCGAAAGAUUUUCAGUUUCACUAAUCUGUAG